AUGGCCAUUUCUCACAAUCCAGUACCUUCCCAUUUAUCACAAUCAAGAGCAAGAUCUUCUAGUGCUAAUAAGGUGAGUUUUAAACGGCUCAAAACUCACUCCUCCAAAUACAGAAACGAAGAGCAUUCAUUGAAGCAAUUGGAAUUUUCCAAAGCUUUGGUUCAUGAAGCAAUUGACUUGGUAUUCAACUCUGAGCCAUUGAAGUAUGGUUACAGCUUUUACUACCAAAAAGUUGAAGCUAUUUGCAAGUACAAACAUGCAGAACAAUCCAAACUUGCAGAACACUUGAAGGGGAAGAUUGAGGACCACUUUUUCCUGGUCGUCAAACCAAAAGUAUUUGAACUUGUACAUUCCCAUAAUCUCGAUGUAAAGCAGUUCAUUUCAGACCUCCUAAAGGUGUAUGAGAAAUGGGAAUCAAAACUCAGACUUCUUGGGAAAUUGUUCUUGUACCUAGAUAGAAGCUAUUUACUUCAGCACCCCAACAAGAAAGUCAUACUAGAAUUGGGACUUGAGUUAUAUGUGGACAACCUUCUUGCCGAUCCAAUAGAGGAAGGUAUAAUCACCAUAGACCGCUACACGUCAUACUUGUCUCAGUGUCUACGUAGCGAGGUCCAAGAGGAUCUAGCCCUUGCUGAAGUAUUUUCCAGAAUGCUUAUAAAGCUAAAUUUCAGCCAGAAAAUCAAGUUGGAUAAUAAAAUCAUCAGUCUGUGUUUGAAUUUAGCCAAAGACUUAAGAGAAGUAUGGUCUCAAGAUUAUGAUGAUUACGUUCACAAGACUUUGAAAAAAAUAUCUAAGAUAAUUACAUUUUUCAAAGAAUGUGGACAACCUAAAGACUUUUGUGAAAAACUACUAAUUCAGCUCAAAUGGGUCACCAUAUUCUUUGACUUCAACGAGGUCAUUCUGCACUGUUUACCUUAUAUGCUAUCGAGCGAGAAUGGAUUACAGUUAUCCAUGAUUUAUAAUUUUUGUGAACUUACUCCUAAGGAAUACAGCAUUGACUCUAUUCCUAUUUUUGUUUUGCACUGGGGAAAGAUAGUAUCACAACAAGUGCAACAGGAGAUUGACAAGGAACUGGAUAUUAGUACUGGAAGCGUCAUUGUGAAUUUGGUGAAGGUAUAUGAAAAGUAUAGAACGGUGGUUGAAACCAAGUUCAAGAAAAAUGAAAAGUUUGAAUUUGAAAUCAGACAUUCGUUCAGCCGGUCUAUCAAUGCCUCUAGGAAGACGAAUUCCUUGAUAAUAAGCCAUUUGUGUAAGUACAGUGAUACUUUCUUCAAGACUAAGAAGGCCGGUAUUACCUAUGACGAAUUUGAAGCUCACUUCAUGGUUAUCUUCAAGUUUUUGAACAAUAAAACUGACUUUAUUGUAAAUUACAAAAAUCAGUUAUCACGGAGGUUGUUACUCAGUAGAAACUCAUCUAUUGUGCUUGAAAAGAAAUUGGUAGACUCCAUAACUAGUAUUGUGGGUGAAAAUGAUGAUUCCAUUGGAUUGAACGUGAUGUUUAAAGAUUUGGCUAAAUCUCAAGAGAAAUACUCUCAUUUGAAAGGUCUUGGUAACGACUCGAUUGAAUUUAAUGGAUUGAUAUUGGAGAAAAAGCAUUGGCCUGAGGUUCCUAAACAAGAUAGCAGUGUCAUUCUUCCGCCCAGCCUUCUGAUGUUAAUUGAAUCAUUCAAUAAUCUCUAUAAGAGCCUGGAUGAAAAGUUGAAAAAUCAUUCUUUAGACUGGGGCUGUUAUAAUCUACACCAGCUUUUGAUUUCAUGUCAUUUUAAUGGAGGUGCAUAUGAACUUAAUGUGAAUUUACUCCAGGCUAUAGUGAUAUUGUUAUUCAACGACAAAGAUACGAUCACCAUGGAUGAACUUAUUCAGCAGUCAAACUUGGAUGUAAAGCUUCUUCGAAGAAUUAUCCUUUCAUUAUCGGAUAAGUAUAAAAUCCUCAUUGAGGAUGGAGACCUUAUUAGGUUCAACCACAGCUUCACUGAUAAGUCUAAAAAGUUGAAAAUUCCUUUACCAAGAGACAGGGAUAUUGGAAGUAGUACUUCUAAUAUCCCAGGUGACGAUAAAAUAACCACCAGAAAUCGGGACACUGAAAUAAGAUCUGUAAUCGUCAGUAUCAUCAAGGUUGACACAAAAAUUCUCUUUACCGACUUGAUAAAUAAGGCGAUAGAGACUGUGAGCAAAAAGGGCCCAGUAUCCAUUCAAGAUAUCAAGAGCAAUAUCGAAUUUUUGAUUACAAAAGAGUACAUUACAAGAGAUACGGAUAACGUGACAUUAACCUACGUUCCCUAG